AUCGGUCGGCUUCAGUGUUUGCUGCUUGUGUUAUGAGUGCAGACAGAGAAGAAAUCUGUUGACGGAGAGCAGAGCAGCUGAAACAAGAUGACUACUCAGGGUCAGGAAGAGAAGAGAUACGACCCGAAAGACACAACUCUGAAGUUUGUCAACAGGCCGGAUGAUCUGGAUCCACUACGUAAGCAUUCAAAAUGCCCCAGAGGAAGGAGACCUGUGUCUCAGAGCAGAGAUGUCCUGCGGCCAUGCCGUCACCCCAGAGUCUCUCACUGGGUGGUGUCGCAGCUUGCUGGAUCAGGGGCAUCACAAAUUUAAGUGCCCUGCUUUAAAGAACGGCACUUUGCAAAAGUGUGAUGCAGUCUGGCCGUAUCAAGAGGUGCGCAGGCUGGCAGUGCUGACAGCUGAAGAGAUGCAGUACUUUGAAGAGAACAUCGCCCGUCUGGCUGCUACAGAAUACUGUGAAUUCAAAACAUGUCCUGGAUGCAAAACCUAUGUAGAGAGAGAGGACCUGACUAACCUCAACGUGCAGUGCACAAUCUGUAUAGCAGACAAGAAGAAAGCUUGCCAGUUCUGCUGGCAAUGUCUGAAGCCGUGGAAAGGUGCAGCUCCACGCUCUGACCGCUGCGACAAUGACGGCUGCAUCAACCACGACCUCGAGCUUCUGAAGAACUGCAAGACCACCACCCUCCCUGAGGUGCAGGGGGACAUUGUAUGUCCCUCCAUCCGGGCGUGUCCCACCUGUGGUCAGAAGGUGGAGCACGACAGAACGGCCUGUAAGAACAUCAUCUGUCCUCGCUGUCAGAUUGAGUUCUGCUUUAUGUGUCUGAAACUCACUCCAGAGUGCCUGAAGACGAGCUCUUACUUCAUUCCCUGCAGUGAUGGUGUGGCCCCCAGACAAACCUCCAUACCUGUUUGGCGCAGAGAAUAGGAAGGGAUUGAUCAUUUAUUGAGUCCCACCACUUUCUCCUUUUGUUUAAUGGAUGCAACUAACUUUCUAAAAAUUUAUGUAGAUUAGCAUUUUGCUUCCAUUAGCUAACUUAGGAUGUGACUUUAUAUGCUGUAUGUCGCUUUCAUCUCUAAACUAUCUUUAAAAUGCGGUUGUCUUUUCAACAUUAGACAAGCCUUGCAAAUAGCAUAUCUGAGUAAAGGAGAAAGUUGGUCGCCAUGUUGUUUUUUUGCAACCAGCGGCAGUGACGAGUAAAAAUGGGGGAGCUUACAGCCCAAUUCUGUCACAUUAUAUUGUACUUUUCCUGUAGGAUUUCUUUCAUUGUAAAGAAGAUUUUUCAUGUAACUGAAGCCAAAAGUGUCAGCUUGUAGGUUUAUUUGCUCAUUUAUGUUGUGAACAUUACUGCUGUACUUUCUGAUUUUGUUAUGUUUUGAAUAUUUCCACAAAGGCUGCUUCCUUUGAACGACCUACUGUUCAAUAAUAGUUUCAUUAAUAACUGCAUCACCUAAUAAAGUUCAUCUUUAUACAUGAA